UUUAAAUAUGAAAUAAAAUAUAUAAAAGUUUAAAGACUAAAUUAUUAAAACAAAAAUUUAGCACAAAUAAGUUUACAAGUAGUGUUCCCUCAAAUUUAAGGGAACAUUAUUCAUAAACUAUUUUUCUUGAAAAAGAUGCAUUGUUGAAUAAAUAAUUUUACUAUUUUAUGUUUUGUUUCAAAUUGAAGAAUCAUUCGAGAUGGUUUACAUACUAUUCACAACUUCAGUUUAGUGAUAGAUUUUUUAUUUAUAAGUUGAUCUAUAAACUUUUUUAUUUCUAACAAUAUUCAGUAUUUAUGUUCUACAUAAUACAAUUAUAAGUUUAUAUAUAUCAUUUUAUAUUCAUUAGAAAUUAAAAUUUUAUAUAUAUAAUUAAAAUAUAGUUAAAAUAUAAAAAUGAGUUACUAUGAAUAUUUUGAUACAAAAUAUAUUAUUUAGACGCAAAAAGUACCAUUUGUUGAAAAGGGGGAAUCUAGUUAGUCAAUUGACCAUAAAAGCCAAAAAUGAUUACUUAUUUUGAGUUUGGGUGAAGAAAAAAAAAAAAUGAGGAAGUCUUAUUUCGUAAGCGUGACGAAAUAUUAGCGCAGUAUUAAUUAUUAACAAAAUUAUAUUUACAAAAUGCUAAAAUGAUGCACAUAAUUCAUCGAUUUCUAUAUCUCAAAAUAAAAAUUUAUCAUCAAUUAUGUAUAGCUUUCACUAACGAUAUAUUUAAUUGAUGCAAGUUACCCCUAUAAUUAAAUUGUUUGAGAUGCCUAUUUUAAGUACCUCAAAAACUUUCGAAAUACGAAGAAAAAUAUAGUAUGCGUUAAGUUAAAUCUACACUUUAUUAUUUUCUAAUCUAAUCGCGGAAUGUGUCAUUUUCACUAAAAGAAAAGAGAUAUUCGUAUAUUAUUCAACUAAAUAAUUGUAUAACCUUCUAGUAUAUUCAAUCAAAAUUAAAUCUUAUUUUAAAUAAAAACUAGAGAAAAAAACAAAAAACCAUACUCCAAUCGUCCAUUGACGAUUUCACACCUUCUUUUCACACCACCUUAUACAUUAAUUAAAAUCUCUCCCUCUACGUCUUCUCCUCUUUUUCAAAGAAGCUUCUCUUCGUUUAUAAGGAACCCCUAAAAUUAAUCUCAUUCUCUCUAACGUCACAAAGACUUCGAUCCCAAUAAUGGACCAACGUAACCCUUUCCACCACCACCACCACCACCACCAUCAGCAUCAUCACUUGAUCCAACAGCAACAGCUUCCUCCACCGCCACAGAGCACGACGGCGGCGAUGGAUCCCGGCGGAGGAGGUGAGAGAAUCCCACAGUGGAGCUUAGAGGAAACAAAGGAGCUGUUGGGUAUAAGAGAAGAGCUUGAUCAGACUUUCAUGGAGACCAAACGUAAUAAGCUACUUUGGGAAGUCGUCGCCGCUAAAAUGGCCGACAAGGGUUUUGCCCGGACCGCAGAACAGUGUAAGAGCAAGUGGAAGAACCUCGUCACUAGAUACAAGGCGUGUGAAACUACUGAGCCAGAAGCUAUUAGGCAGCAGUUCCCAUACUACAACGAGAUCCAAUCGAUUUUCACAGCGAGAAUGCAAAGAGUGUUGUGGUCAGAAGCCACGGAAGCAAGCACUUCUUCGAAGAGAAAAAAUCAUCAGUUUUCAUCUGACGAAGAAGAAGAGGAAGAGGCUGAAGAGCCAAAUCAAAGCAUCAACGAGGAAUUAGUGGCUUUCGUCGAGACACAGGAGAAAGUGAUUACUACUAGUACUUGUACUAAUCCAAGAAAACGUGCGAAAAAAGGAAAAGGCAUUACAGGUAGUACCAAAGAUGAAACCGCGGGUAGUACAUUGAAAGAAAUAUUGGAGGACUUUAUGAGGCAAACGGUGAAGAUGGAGAAAGAAUGGAGAGAUGCAUGGGAGAUGAAGGAGAGAGAGAGGGAGAAGAGAGAGACAGAGUGGCGGAGGAGAAUGUCGGAGCUAGAGGAGGAGAGAUCAGCCACGGAGAGGAGGUGGAUGGAAAGAGAGAAUGAGAGACGGUUGAGAGAAGAAGCUAGGGCUCAGAAAAGAGAUACUAUCAUUGAUAUUUUGCUUAGUAAGCUUAACAAAGAUAAAAAUGAUGAUCAACAUCAAGGCUUCUAAUCUUUUCUAUUUUAUUUUAGCUAGUUUUUUUUUUUUGGUGUAAAAAAAAGUGUUUUCACCUCUUUGCCGGGAACCCAAGCAAUGUAAAUAGUCUCUCCCAGCGCGAAUCGAACCCGGGUUGCGGAAGUUACAGCCGCAACCCCUUCACCACCAAGAGCUGACUCGUUCUGGUUAUUUUAGCUAGUUCCUUAGUUAAAUGUAAGUUUGUUUUAUUUAUGAAUAAUUGAUAGUUGAAGACGACAACCUCGAAGCUGGGGCUGGAUUUCGGUUAGAUCCUCAAAUUCAUUUUCUCGUUUUUAUUUUUAGUUUCCUUAAUAAUAUACUCCCUCCGUUCUUAAAUGAUAGACUUUUUAGUAUUUUCACACAUAUUAAAAAAACACAUUAAACUACCACAAUAAAUAUAUCGUUUUCUGCAAUUUUCAAUUUUCAAUAAUUUUUAACCAAUAGUAAUUCAAUACAGUCAAUUAAUUUUCUUGAAGUUUACAAUUUUAUCAUAGAAAAAAAUACAUCUUUCUGAAAUAAAUUUUUUUUCUAAAUAGUCUAUCAUUAAGGAUUGGAGGGAGUAUAGUUUUAAAUAAGCUGUUGGGAAAAUCGAGUUUUGAAAUAGUACUGCUUUUUCGAAAAGAAAAAUUAUUCUCUGAUGCAUAUUAGCAGUAACUAACCUUAGUUUAAGGGAGGGAGAAUUAAAACUUCAUCUAUAAUAGAUAACAAGUACAACAAGCAUGCAUGUGGUACUAAUUAUAAGUAAACUUGCUUAAAUUUAACGAUAUUUUUGUGUUUUCUCUUCAAUUUGAUCAAUUUGAGAAUAAGUUUUUUACUUUUAUCGGUUAAGCCCCUAUAUAUAUUCCAAUUUGCUUUUGGAAUACCUAAUAAGACUAUAUAAUUAUCAAAAAUAUAAAUGAAAUUAGCAUCUAACUAAAACCAUUAGGGUAUAUAAUUACUAGGCUAUAUGUAUGCCUUCUUUAUUCUUCUAAUGAGAAUGUCCAUAACUAUUUAUCAGUUGCCAAACAAAAGUCUUUGCUCCAAAAUUCCAAUUCACAUUUGUCCUUCAUUACUUCACCGCGUUAUUUACGAUCAUAUAUAUAUAAUCUACUAGGCCGGUCCGCGUUUCGCGCGGAAUUACUAAAAUUAGUUAUUGUAUAAGUGUUUGGUUUAUGCAGUAAUUAAUGUUGUAGUAUGAUUCAGAUUAAAGUAUUAAAAACUAUGUCAAUAACAUUACCGUUGGUCUAAGCAGUAACUAAUUAGUGUGUCAUAUUUCUUAAAAAAAUACAACUGCUUUCCACAUUAUAACACAGGCUAGAAUUUAUUGCAAAACUGAUGUUAAUCAGCAACUGAGCGUAUGAACUACCACGGGGUGGUUGUAAAUUUGGUUUACCUUUGAUUGGGUUGUGUUUGAAAUUUUAUUAGAUGUUUAGUUGUUUUGGUAUUGCAUGCAUUUUGUUUUAUGUAUAAAGUUAUUAUUUUUGUCCGUCUGAAGAUUUGGUUAGUUUGUAUCUAUGAAACAAUAAGUUGUAAGAUGAUUUUGGUAAAGAUGAUUUUGGUGUAUAAGAUCAUUGUGGUUGAGAUAUUAUAGUCAUUCAGUUUGAUUAAUUGAAAGUUCACAUGUUUUGUUUUGUAUUUAUCCUCCGAAGUUAUUUGAAUAUGAAGAUUUUUAAAAUGUUAUGUGUCCUCAUGUACCUAUUAAAUUUGUCGAUUGUUGGGGAUUUUCAAAUUUCUAACUA